GCCCGAAUGGCAAUGCUGGCGGCUACGGGGGCUGUGGCGGCUACGGCAAGGGUAAGGGCAAAGACAGCUACGGAAUGAUGGGAGGCUAUGGUGGGUAUGGCGGGGGCAUGGAUGGCUACGGUGGGGGCGGUUAUGGUGGUGGCAUGGGAUGUGGUGGAGGCUAUGGCGGGAAAGGCUACGGCGGUGGCAAGUCCUACGGCGGCAAAUCCGGUG